CACCGGACUCAUCCUCCACCAGCUGUGCUCCAGUUCCGUUUUCAUCGGCUUUUACAGUUGGCGGAUAUAGCAUGGAUACGAUUUAAGACACACUACUGAGCCGUGAGCAGUUUCACUUGCUAAAAACAUCUUAUUCUCUUAAAGCUCGUCCCACAGAAGUCACAAUAAUGAUGGAGUAUUGGAGGCAAUGCGCGCUGUGGUUAAUAAACUGCAAGGUGCUUGCAGCUAACCACCGGGUUACAUGGGAGUCUGCUCAGGUAUUUGACUUGGCUCAGACUCUCCGGGAUGGAGUCCUCCUGUGCCAUCUGCUCAACAACCUGAGACCCCAGUCCAUCAACCUAAAGGAAAUCAACCUCCGACCGCAAAUGUCACAGUUCCUGUGCCUGAAGAACAUCAGGACUUUCCUGGCAGCAUGCAGUGACAUAUUCGGGAUGAAGAAAAGCGAGCUGUUCGAGGCCUUUGACCUUUUUGACGUCAGGGACUUUGGAAAGGUUAUGGACACACUAUCAAAACUUUCCCAAACAGCGAUUACACAACAAACUGGAAUCAGGCCUUUCCCAUCGGAGGAGAGUGUUCAAGAUGAGGAUAUCUACAACCACCUGGAGGACCUUAUAGAUGAGAACGGGGUGGAGGAUGAGGAGGAUUUGUACGACUGUGUGUAUGAGGAUGAAGAUGGAGGAGAGAUCUAUGAAGAUCUGAUGAAGACAGAGGCCAUCGCUCCCCCGGCGUUCCAGAAGCAAGCAGAGACUGACAUCAGGAGCUGCUGUUUGUCAGAGAUCAAGCAGACAGAGGAGAAGUACACUGAGACCCUGGAGUCUAUAGAGAAGCACUUUAUGACACCCCUCACAAUGUUCCUAUCCAUGGUCGAGAUGGAAAAGGUGUUUGUGAAUAUCCCGGACCUGGUUAAAGUUCACAAAGGUUUACUGGUGGAAAUCCAAGACUCAGUCCACCACAGAAGUGCCCAGAACCUCCACCAGAUCUUCAUCACUUUUAAAGAGAGGCUGUUGAUCUAUGGGAAAUACUGCAGCCACGUGGAAACAGCCAUCAUUUGUCUGGAUGACAUCUGCAAAGAAAGGGAGGACGUACGCAUGAAGCUAGAGGAGUGUUCAAAGAGAGCUAACUACGGCAAGUUCACACUGAGGGAUCUGCUUGUGGUUCCUAUGCAGCGAGUCUUAAAGUAUCACCUCCUCCUGCAGGAGCUGAUGAAACACACUCAUGAUUCCUCCGACAAGACCAAUCUGCGCACGGCAUUGGAUGCUAUGAAGGACUUGGCUCAGUACGUCAACGAAGUCAAGCGAGACAAUGAGACACUGCGAGAAAUAGAUCAGUAUCAGAAAUCCAUCGAAAACCUGAAUCAGACUUUGAGUAACUAUGGGAGACCCAAAGGUGACGGGGAGGUACGGGUGGCCUCGGUGGACAAACGAGCCAAACAGGACAGGCACAUCUUUCUGUUUGACGCGGCGGUGAUCGUUUGCAAGCGGCGAGGAGACAACUACGAGAUGAAAGAAGUGAUUGACCUGCACCUCUUCAAGAUCACCAACAACCCCACAUCGGAUAAGGAGAACCGCAAGUGGUCCUACGGCUUCUACCUCACUCACAACCAGGGCCAGAGCGGCUUUGAAUUCUUCUUCAAGACCAAAGAGCUGAAGAAGAAGUGGCUGGAGCAGUUUGGCAUGGCCAUAUCCAACAUUCGCCCAGAGAACGCCACAAACAACCUCCACGAGUUCAACAUGCACACCUUUGAAAGGAUCACCUCCUGCAACUCUUGCCACAUGCUGCUGAGGGGCAUCUUUAACCAGGGCUACCUGUGCUCCAAGUGCGGUUUAGGUGCCCAUAAAGAAUGCCUGGGCCGCUUUGGCAGCUGUGGAAAAACAGAUCCCGGCUCCGUCAGAACUCAGAGCAAAGAUAGAGAUCCAGGUUUGCCCAAGAUGCUGGUGAUCAGGAACUACUUUGGGGUGCCGAGCCCAACAUCUGGUCCGGCACUCAGCAUCCAGACGGGUGACAUCAUCGAAUUAAUCUGCGCCGACCUCCAUAGCCCAUGGUGGCAGGGCAAAAUCCUGGCGACGAAAGAGGUUGGCUUCUUUCCAAGCGACGCUGUGAAGCCUUGCCCAUGUGUCCCGAAGCCUGUCGAUUACUCGUCUCAAGCUUGGUUUGCAGGGCCCAUGGAGCGGCUUCAGGCAGGAACAGAACUCCUUCACAGGGUCAACAGCACCUACUUGGUCCGCCAUCGCAGCAGAGAAUUCACAGAGUACGCCAUCAGUAUAAAGUACAACAGCGACGUGAAGCACAUAAAGAUCCUGACCAAGGACUUCUGCUUCUAUAUUGCAGAGAACAAGAAGUUCAAGAGCAUAUUGGAGCUGAUAGAGUACUACAAACACCACUCGUUGAGAGAAGGUUUCAGGAGUCUGGACACGACUCUAAAGUUCCCUUACCGGGAACCGGAGACCGCUGCUAUGCACCAGCUCAACCGCUCCAGUGGCCAAAUGUUUGCGCCAAAGGUGAUCGGUGUGGCGAUCGCGCGGUACGACUUCAGCUCGCGGGACACGCGGGAGCUCUCGCUGCAGGAGGGAGACGUGGUGAAGAUCUACACCAAGUCGGGAGCCAACGGCUGGUGGAGGGGCGAGGCCAACGGCCGGGUGGGCUGGUUCCCCUCCACAUACGUAGAGGAGGGUGAGGAGUGAAAGGUCCACCACGGGAAGAAGAGAAAGAUAAAGGAAGAACGGCAGCAGUGCAGAAAGCAAACUCUGAACAGAACAGUGACAAAGAGUGAGCUUCUGCACCGCUGCUUGUUACUUUCGGAGUGAAGCGCUCUCCUCGAUGGAGUCCUGACGCCGGCAACACUCCCAGAAUCCUUUGGGAGAGAAAAGGGACGCGAAGAUGCCCCAUCAUUUCUGGUUGACUCUGUGUGGCUAAGUGACUCCACCAAAUAGCAGCUUGCCUGUCAGCGGGGCUCGA